AUGUCUUCCUCCCUGGAUGAACGACCCAUAUCAAUCCACGACAAUGAUCCUCCGCGGAAACGCCGGCGGAAGUACAUCGCCAAAGCCUGCAAUGAAUGUAAACGCCGCAAGAUCAAAUGCAACGGACAGAUCCCCUGCCUCCGCUGCGGUCGCCAAGGCAUCGACUGCGUGUACGCCGAUCGUCCCAGCCGCGGCGACGACGAUGACGACCCUCAAAUUCUGGAGCGGCUAUGCGCGCAAAUGAGCGCCAUGCAGGACCAGAUCGCCACGCUGUCCGCCACCGUCCAGACCCUAUCGCGCCCCGACCUGGGGAGUCAGACCGCGGCCCGCGCCCGGCCCAGUCCCCGCACGGUCCUCCGCGGCGCCCCAUCCCCGCGCGAACCUCCCUUCCAGGGCCCGACCACCUCGGGCUUCGGCUUCGACCUGGCCCGCUCCAGUCUAGAGCAGCGCGGCAUAGUCCAGCCCCGCGACGCCUCUCCAGCUCUCCUCCCCCCGUCGCCGCCGGCCGUCCCGCCCGCCCCCUCGGGGGAGGACCCGCUCGCGACGAUCUCCAAGACCGAAGCCCUGCGGCUCUGCCGCGUCUACGAGGAGGAAAUGGGCAUCAUGUACCCCGUCCUCGACCUGCCCGACCUCCUCCACCAGGUUGAGGUACUCUACUCCCCCGCGGGCGAGGCGGCCCUAACCCGCGACGACGUCGACAUCCUCCGGCUGGUGUUCGCGUGCGCCCUGACGGCCGAAGCCAGCGGACGCAGCGAGCUGGCCCUCGCCCUCUUCGACACUGUCCGCGACGGCGCCGACCAGUGCGUCUGGGGCCCGCCCGACAUCCCCAAGAUCAUCUGCCUAACGCUCGUCUCCAUCCUGUACUUCCAGCUCGACGAGGAGACCCUCGCCUGGCGUACGAUCGGCAUCGUCGAGCGCAUGUGUCUCGAGCGCGGCCUCCACCGUCGCGAGUCGCUGCACCAGCCGGCCGUCAUCGCCGCCGGGCGCGAGCGCGUCGUCCGCCUCUUCUGGUCCAUCUAUGUGCUGGAUAUGCGCUGGAGUCUCGGCACCGGCAUGCCCUUCGCCCUAGAAGACACCGACAUCGACCCCUGGCUUCCCGAGCCCGAGGAGCACCAGACCCCCUACCUGCGCGUGAUGAUCCGCUACAGUCGCCUGGCCGCCAGGGUGUGGAAGUUCGUCGCUGCCUUCAACAACACCAACGAGAUCAAGAAAGACGAGAUGCACUACCUCGACUGGCAGGUUCUGCGCUGGGUCGCCGACAUGCCGGAUGCGCUACGUCUCGACCCGCCGGCCUCAUCCUCGUCGCCAUCCACGACAAAGUCAGCAACCACCAUCCCCGAAACGCGCGGUCUUCGCCGCCUCCGCUGCAUGCUAUCUCUCCGCGCAAACCAGCUCCGCCUUCUCAUCCACCGCCCCGUCCUCCACUCAGCCGCACACAUCGUCCGCUACCCAGCCGAAAGCCAAACCGUCGUCGACAUCGCAGCCGACACCGUCCGCAGCAUCACGCGCCUCAACGCUACCUCCGACAUCUACCGCCUGCAGCAAGUCACCUUCAACUACUUCCUAGUGUCCGCGCUGGCAGUGCUCUUCCUCGCCGUGGCGCAGACCCCCGCGCAGUUCAGCGCCCGCUGCAAAGACGAGUUUUACAUGGCCCUCGAGCUUGUCAAGGGAUUUUCCUCCCGCUCUUACAUCUCUCGCCGGCUGUGGACGUCUCUGCGUGGCUUGCGCCAGUUGGGUCCGCAGCUCGGCUUGCAGACUCAUCCUGACGGUGGUGUGGAGGGAGGUGUACCGCCCCUGCAGUCCGCUCCCGCAGCACCCCCUGAGGGCGGGAGUGCGCUGGACGGCCCGCAGAUGACGCGCGAGCUGAUGGAGUGGUUCGAGGCGGUGGGAAACCUCGAGGACCAGAUCAUGGGUGUUGGCGUUGGCGCAUCGGACGAGUGGCUGGGCGGACGGGGAUAUCCGCUGGAUUAUGGAGCGGAGCUGUCGAGUGUGAUGAGGGAUUGUUUCUGA